CAUUGUUUGCCCCGAGUGAGAAGUCUCUUGCCGCGGCGGCCGUCACCUGCCACGAUCACGUUGGCUGAUGACUUCGAUGAUUUCGUUUUUUUUUUUACUUUGCUGUCGAGCUCUGCAUAACGUCUCCUUCCGCCGUUAUCUCGAUCUGGCUCCGUGCGAUGUGAAAGAAGUUCAACGUACUGUACGUGUCCGCGAGUUACCGUUCCAACUCUCAACCGUAAUUAGCUUGAAGCUUAACAUGAAGAUUAAAUCAAUCUGCUCAAGAAACUGAAGGUUAAAAUAUAUUGGGGCGGAGCCUCCGGUCGAGCAUCAACUGCUGACAGUCCCAGCUGCAGCAGCAAGAGAGAUGAGAUGAUCAACACAGGAAAAAUGAAUUUCAAGACAUUUAGAAGUCAUAUUACGGUCUCCAAUAUAAUCGUUUUUAUCACAUCACUUGCAGCCGCACUCCUCAUAUAUUGUUCAAAUGGAUAUUUCAAGAACACAUGGAACCUUAAAUCAUUACCACCAAAAGUUCACUACCAAAAUGCAUUAUUACUUCAAACAAAAUAUACAAUCAGUGAUACAAUGACAUAUCCUUCAACAAAACAUAAAAUACCAAUUUCAACCAACAUCACUUGUUCUACAUCUGCCAAGAACAGUCGAAUCACAAUAUUAAACGGAGUAGAACCUCACACCGUUGGAGACACACUCCAUGCUCAAGUGGAAAUGUAUGACUUUGGGAACAGAAGGAAGCUCUACGGUGGAGAUUUCCUCCUCGCUCGGAUUUUCAGUCCACGCCUUGGGGCUGCGUCUUCUGGCGUGGUGACUGACCUUGGCAAUGGUGUGUACGAUGUGAGGUUCACGCUCUUCUGGCCAGGAGACAGCAGUCUGGCCUUCACGCUCGUGCACUCCAGUGAGGCCGUGAGAGUGCUGGACAGAGUCCGAGAAACCGUUCCAGAUAAAGUCACUUUCAUGGGGACUUUUGUCAGCGGGAAGUCAAAAGAAGUAACUCCAUGCCACAUUUUUCCAAACACUGCCAAGCAAGUCUGCGAUUUCACCGAUCCACAUUUACUUGAACCGUGGAUGUGUGAAAAACCAAGUACGCUUCCUUGUUCGUCUCUUCUCACUAUCAAAUCACGCAACAGGAACAUAUUUAGUCAAGAGGAAGGUCGUUUUUUUACAAGAGAAAAGAUAUGGAAGCCAAUUCCAUCCGCAUACAAAAUAGAUGUUGCCCCAAUAACUGACUUGUUGGAAAGCAGCCUGCCCAAUUGCAGCAUGGGAAUGGGGAAUCCAAGUCCAAGCGGAUAUUACGUCAAAAAUGCAUGGUGUUCGUCAUAUUGCAAAAUGAAGAAUUUCUCUUCGCCAUCAUUGGUUCUGGGCUGUUUGAAGGGGAAAAACGUAUUUCUCCUUGGUGAUUCGACAAUAGGACAGUGGUUCAGUUAUCUUGUUCAUUUCACCAAUGGUUUCAGAAUUGUAGAUCGUUACAUUCCUGGAAAACAUAUGCCAAAUGUUGCCAUUAAUGAAGACAACAACAUUACAUUGAAUUGGUAUUGUCACAACUAUCCUUUUAUUGCCACGAAAGGAACUUACACAAAAGACUUCAGAUACGUAGCGAAUCGAAUUGAUAACAUCACCGGUGGGAGCGAUACGAUCGUAGCAAUCUCCCUCGGCGCUCAUUUCACGCCCUUCCCUCUGCACGUGUUUCAAACGAGAAUGCACAACAUUAAAGCGGCAGUGGAGAAACUCCUGAUUCGGAGCCCUGAAACGAAGGUCAUCGUUAAAUUAUCCAACGUGAGAGAAAACAGCGGAGUGGCGAUCUUUAAUAACUGGAACACAUUUAAGCUUAACCAAGUCCUCUUGGAAGUGUUUAAAACCAUGAAUGUGGCAUUCGUUGAUGCGUGGGAUAUGACUGCUGUACUGAACUCUGCUAAAAUUCACCCGAAUGAGCAUAUUGUAAAAAACCAAAUUGAUUCAUUCUUAUCUUUUGUUUGCUAGCGUUAUUUUCACUCCAUAUGCAAUGGCAGUUAACUGUGGGAACCAGAAAGUUACAGUACUUAUUGCUUUACUUGGGAAAUACUGUACUGUUUCAUCCAUCUGUUAAUAUAAAGUCAUACUUUAUGAAAGUAUAUAUAUUGAAUGAAAUUUCUAAAACCCCUGAAACAAAUGCUAUGAACCUGAAUGAUAUCGCUGUUAGGCAGUUAUAUCUUUCAUUGAAAUGGUCAUUGGGCCCAAGAAUGCACUGCAAGGUGCAUUGCGCAUUGUUAUCAAAAGAACAAACCUUUCCGCAAUAGAUUGUUCCGGCAACAUUAUCAUUUAACUUUUAAUAUAUAUCCGUUUAUUUACGAAUACUUUUGAUUAUUGAAGGGUUUGUCCAGUGUUCAAUAUUUUACAAAUUAACAACACUCCAUGGUGUUAAGUGCAGACUCCAACCUUGAUUAACUCUAUCUGUCUGGCCUCUAAGUGCUUAUAAUGAAGGGUCAUUUCCAGAAGGGUCACUCAUGACAGUAAACAGCGUAUAUAAACCUUUUUUCAUUUAAGGCCACUGUCAUUGACGAAUAUGUUGCGUUUAGAAGGGUCACUUAUGACAGUAUACAGUGUAUAUAAACCUUUUUUUCAUUUAAGGCCACUGUCAUUGACGAAUAUGUUGCGUUUUUGUUAAUUGUGCUUGUACAACACUGGAUACGCAGCAUCACCAAAUAAUACACUGCAGUAUGUGCAUUGUUUAUCGACAAGAAUGACAAUGUAUUUGCAUGAACAUGUAAUUAGAACGAACAUGUAAUUUGAACUCGAGUGUGUGGCUGUUAGCAGACAUCUUUGGCGUGUGUCUGUGUCGACGAUUCCAUGUGUCUGUGCUCCCAAUUAUUUGUACAAAAGCCCGUAGCAAAAUGUAGGCUGCCUCUCCCUUACUGGGUUGGCUUGUAGGAUUGUUUUAAAUUGAUAUGAAAAUAUUCAUGGGUCUUUCGGUAAAGUCACGUAGAUAGUUUCAAAGAAAAUAACAAAAAAUAACAAUUUGUGAUCAUUUAUUUUUUUGUUCUUUUCUUUGAACCUAUAUACGUGACUUUACCGAAAGACCCAAUAAUAUGAAUUCCUGCAGUCACGAAAGCUUUAAGUCAUGAUAUGAAAAUGUAAAGUGCAUGUUAUCAUUUUUUUAAGUUGCUGGUGUUGGUUUUACGCCACGUGUAAUUUUUUGCUUAUGACGCAGCGGAGCAGCUUACAGUGCGUGUGUGUGUGUUGGGCAAUUUGCACAUUAAAAGUGCACCUUGCCUAGCACAGGCGCCGGGGUCUUCGUCACCGCCACUUAGUAGCGAACUGCGGCUGUUGUUGGUGGUGGGCGGGGUGCGUGUGUGUGAAAUAAUCGCGUUCCACUCGUUUACUAGCGUGUAACGAGAGCCAAUAAAUCAUCUAUUGAACUAA